UCUAUUUUUGGAAUUUGUAGAUGCCAUUUACUCCUUGUUUUUUAGUGUUUUACGCAUUUUUUUUUAUUUUUAAAUUUUAUUUACGUUUUGCGCUCCGUAUUUGAUGUGUCUGGGCAAUUAAUAACCGAGGCCGUGUCGAUUUUCGGGUAUCAAUGGACGACAUUUUCCAACGUGCUUCCCAGCACAUCUCGCUAUUCCGUUUCGUGCAUUUGCAUUUCAUUGAGAACAACGGCAAGUUUUCGUUUUAGAGAUGAAAUUAGGGAAAAACGGUAGACCCCGGGGACGAGAGCAUUUAGGCCUGUAGCGUGGGGCUUUUCACGGAACGGAUCACGGCGAUUUGCGUGGAAACCGAACAGGACGUCUGGGAUUUCUACAAGGCUCCAUGGAUCGGGCGAGAAGAGUCAAUUAGUGAUCAGAUUCACCGAGGUGAGACACUUUGGUUCUUCUCCAAACAAGGAGGUUCCUUAUCGCUGCUCCACCACCACCAGUCUGUGGCUCUGCUGACCCUUGCCAGGCAUCAUGGGUACAGUUCUGUCCCUUUCCCCCAGCUACCGUAAGGCAGCCCUGUUUGAGGACGGCCCACCCACAGUGGGUCACUACACAGCGGUCCAGAACAGCAAGAACGCAAAGGAUGCUGCGGCAGCUGCUGCCAAAUCCCUCAAACGCCCCUCCAUCAUCAGUGUGUUGCCAUGGAAACGAAUUGUGGCCGUAUCAGCCAAGAGGAAAGGAUCCAAGAAACUGCAGUCCGACGGGGGCGACGGCGGGAAAGGAUGCUCGCCGGACGCCGAUGACGUCGUCACCUCUAAUUCGGCUUCGAACAGCUCGAAGCUGAAGAAAUCUCAGUCCUGUGCAAACCUUUCCUCUUACUCUUCCAACCAGGAUCCCUCAGCCACCACCUUGACUACCUCCUCUCACCUCCCCACCUCCAAGACCCUCAUUAAUGUAGCUACAGUCGCUGCGAAAAAGAAUUCCCUAACUGGCUCCGGGAUCCAACCUUCCACUGCGGUUGGUACGCCAAAGCGUGUCAUUGUUCAGGCCUCCACCAGUGAGCUGAUGCGGAGCCUGGGAGAAUUCCUGUGCCGUCGUUGUUAUCGUCUAAAGCGUCUCUCGCCGACCGAUCCCGUGCUGUGGCUGCGCAGCGUCGACCGCUCCCUCCUCCUUCAGGGUUGGCAGGAUCAGGGCUUCAUAACACCGGCCAACGUGGUCUUCCUCUACAUGUUGUGCCGCGACGUGGUCUCCGCCGAGGUGGCCUCGGAGCGUGAGCUGCAGGCCUCGCUGCUCACGUGCCUCUACCUGUCCUACUCCUACAUGGGCAACGAGAUCUCCUACCCGUUGAAGCCCUUCUUGGUGGAGGCCGAGAAGGAGGCCUUCUGGGACCGCUGCCUGGAGAUCAUCAACCGCAUGAGCGGCAAGAUGCUCCAGAUCAACACCGACCCGCACUUCUUCACCCAGGUGUUUGCUGACCUGAAGAAUGAGAGCAAGAAAGAAGAGGAGAAGACCAAACUCUUUAUAGGCCUUGACCGAUAAAAGGAGGCGGGAAGGAAGGAGGAGGGGAAAAAAGUUGGGAACGAAGAUAUGAUAAAGACAGGUGGACUACUGUAAAGCUACUUUGAUCAAAUGCUGUUGUCUGGCGUCUCCAACGUGGUUGUUAAGAACGAGGAGGCGCCCCCCAAAAAUCUUGCCCUGUGUGUUAACCCUAUUUUGGCUAUUAUCGUAAUACCCGCUUAGUCGAUUGAAUCGUCUCUGAUGACUUCUGUGAUCGUUUGGAAUUUUUAAUGUAUAUUUUUCGGCCAAAACAAUUGCCAAAUUUGAUCCGAAGAUGUUCCUCGUAUGUUGUUGGAAAGAAAAAUGAAAUGGUGGUCGGUGAUCCUGUUGAAGAGUCACCCAUGGUGUUUAGGUCUAGAGUUAGAAACGCCAGACAACAUUCAUUUAUAUAAGUAUGGAUGAUUAAUAUAAACAUACAGGAUAUCGAUACCACAUUGCAUGAGGUCACAUCAUUAAGUACGUCAUUGCACAUGACCACCUGCUUACUGCCAACUCCACUUAACCUUAUUCCAGUUUUCAUCCAUUCUAAGCUUAUUGCACUCAUCAACACUGGCUGUGAGGCCCACUGUUGGAACUUUAAAAGCAUACGAUCAAAACCAAUAUGAAAUAGUUGUGGCAUUGUUCAGAAGGUAAAACCAAAUUUGGUGUGCACACGUGAUUUGGUCAGAAAUAUGGGCCAGCAGUAAAUGUUUACAUCAAUCCAUGUAAGAAAAUGCAAUAGAACCCUCUGAUGCAUAUCCAGUUGGGGUUUUAUAUAUUAAGUCCCCAUCCUCCUGCACUUUGGCCAAAUAGGUCCAUAUUGGUGCUGGUUUGAAUGACAACAGGAAAGAAAGGGUUUGAAUGAUUUUUUUUUUUACAAAAAGUAUGAAAGUCCAAAAAAGUGUUGCAAACCACUGAGCGACAAUUAAGAAGUGAAAAACGUGACCUCUUUUUCCUAAAUGCUGCUACCGCUUGAUUGGAUCUUAUUGGAAAUGACCAAUAUGCUACUUUAAUCCAUUUCUAGCCCUACAUAGAUUGAUAUGAACGCAAAUCCAACUCAAAUAUUUCAUAGUACUUUCUUUGAGAUGGUAGGUGUGCAAAUUGCUAUGUCGAUAAAGCGCUGUAUGAAAACCAUCCCAUCUACUCACCAUAGUGUCUCUCAAUAAUAAGGUAGCCAAACUGUGAAGCCAUCAUUAUUUCAUCUCUUUUUAUAAAAUCUAUGCUUCAGACACUAACAUACACCAUCUUCAGCAAAUUGCAUGCAGGCUUGUGUAGUCUUCAUAGGCAUGCUGUUUUUUGCAGAGCACAACGUCCAAUUUAUAGACAUGACAUCUGGUGACCUUCGGACCUGCUAAUGAACAAAAUGUGCGAAAACAUUGGGCUAUGCUCCGUUGUGUGAUAACGAGAGAACACACACAGGGAAUCAUUUUUCAUGUGUGAAGCUCAUUAUCACCCCCAGUUGAAAAGCGGAGUUGUCAUUCCCUUCAAAAUAAGGAAUAAUACAUAUGGGAUGGUCA